AUGUCUGUUACAUAUGAUUUCACGGGAAAGGUAGCUCUGAUAACUGGUUCGAGUUCACGUAUCGGUGCCGGUAUUGCUCUAUUGUUUGCCAAAUCGGGUGCCAAUGUUGUAGUUACCGGUCGUAAUGCCGAUCGUGUGGCACAAGUGGCCAAACAAUGUACAGAUGUAUCACCAAAACAACAGAAAGCACUGGAAGUUGUCGGCGAUCUUAAUCGGGAAGAAGAUCUCAAUAGACUGAUUGAGACAACUGUUCAAACGUUUGGCAAAUUGGAUAUAUUGGUCAACAAUGCAGGAAUAGAUCAUUUAGCCGAUCCUAUCAGUGCUGACUAUUAUGAAAAGUUUAUAAAUGUUAUGCAAACAAAUUUGUAUUUAGCGGUAAAUAUGACACACAAAUGUGUCCCCCAUUUGACCAAAACUCGUGGCAAUGUUAUCAAUAUAUCGAGUAAUGGAUCAAAAGUAACGCUUAAGGGUUAUUCAUCGCACUGUAUGUCCAAAGCAUCGCUGGAUAUGUUUACCCAAUGUAUGGCCGCAGAGUUGGGACCCAAACAUCAUAUCAGAGUUAAUUCAGUCAAUCCCGGUACAAUACUGACCAACUUUCUUGUAAAUAACACUGGCGUUACCUGUCAUGAGAUUGACAAUGAACUGUUUGCAGCUAUCGGAGCCAAAUACCCGGUCGGUAGGCCGGGACAGCCGGAAGACAUUGCCAACACUGUUGCCUAUUUGGCCAGUGAUACGGCGGCCGGGUUUAUAACCGGCAGUAUUGUUGUGGCCGACGGCGGACACAUUGCUGCAAAUGUUAACUUGUAG